AUGAUCACCCCUCAUUCUUGCCGCAAACGGCCGAGAUGUAGAAAGUGCCACUUGCCCAUGGCGGGCCACCCGAGGGAGGGCAGGAAACUAGCCUGCGAGGCUGAGGACGUUGAGACCAAAGAGGUUGAAAGCGAUAUCGUGCAGACACCCACACCGCCUCAAUCUCCUUCCCCUCUUCCAAAGCAGACGCCGAGUCCAUUUUUCCACUGCAAGGAAAGCGUACCUGCCGACCCCGUCAAAGCAGAACCACAGGAAUUAUGCAUGCUCCCGGAUGGAACUAUGUAUCGGCGAAAUCCCAACGCGACGUUCCCCAGUCCCUACAGGCCUCUGCCUCGCGAGGACUCCCUGGACUCAUGGCAAUCAACAGACCUUUGCGAUGGCGAUGGUAGAGCUAUCCACGCUGGAGGUAUUGAGAGAAGCCUGGACAAUGGAGGAGACGAUGAACCAUCCCCCCCGAUGACAUUGCCAGAGAUGCUUGAAAGGAUUGGGGGGUAUGCCAACCUUGCCGCCCUCACCUUCAGUGUUCAUGGGCAGAACAUUCGGAUGGCUCAGGGGGUCGCGGACAUAAGCGGCCUUCAUUCUACCAUUAUCGCAAAUCCACGGUGGAGCGAGGCAUCCACUCAUGGGGAGGAGGAAGGUCACUUUUGGCUGGUUGCGUCCAGGGACCAGGAGAAUCUACGCCACGUGAUCAACCCUCGAAAUUCGAAUAUGCCGGGCGCCAUGCCGGGCAAUAUGCCAUCCAUCGUGGAAGCAGAGGAAUGGGCACAGGCGGCUGAGGUUAACGUUAACACAACGCCGCCCGCUUGGAGAUGGCUGGCUGGGUUCCUCCGUAUAGUAAUCCCCUCCAUUAUUGGAGGUCUCGUCGUGCUCUGGGGUUUGGGGGUUGCCGUGGAUUAA